CUCAUGCCGGGGGGAGGAGGAGGAGGGGGCCUGGGUUCGGGGGGCGGCGGAGGCGCUGCUGCCUCUUCGGCGGGCCCGUCGUCGUGGACGCGCUCCUUGGAGCGGGCGCUGGAGGAGGCGGCGGCCAGCGGCGCCCUCAGCCUGAGCGGCAGGAAGCUGAGGGACUACCCGCGGGGCAGCGCCGCCAGCCACGACCUCAGCGACACCACGCAGGCCGAUUUAUCGCGGAACAGACUCUCGGAGCUGCCAGCAGAAACUUGUCUCUUUGUUUCCCUUGAGAGCCUUAAUUUGUACCAGAAUUGCAUUCGCUAUAUUCCAGAAGCCAUUCUGAACCUGCAGUCCUUAACGUUCCUGAAUAUCAGCCGGAAUCAGCUUUCAACGUUGCCAGUUCACUUGUGCAGCCUGCCUUUGAAAGUUUUGAUAGCAAGCAAUAAUAAGCUCGUCUCACUACCUGAAGAAAUUGGGCAGCUAAGACACCUGAUGGAGCUUGAUGUAAGCUGUAAUGAAAUACAGACAGUUCCAUCACAGAUCGGCAGUUUAUAUUCUCUACGGGACCUGAACCUCAGAAGAAAUCACCUGGUGCAUUUACCUGAAGAGCUUGCCGAGUUGCCUUUGAUUCGGUUAGAUUUCUCCUGCAAUAAAAUCACAACCAUCCCAGUUUGUUACCGUAACCUCAGGCACUUACAGACAAUCACCCUAGAUAACAACCCACUGCAGUCUCCCCCUGCACAGAUAUGCAUAAAAGGAAAAGUCCACAUAUUUAAGUAUCUGAAUAUGGAAGCAUGCAAAGUAGCGCCAGAUCUUCCAGAUUACGACAGGCGGCCAAUGGGGUUUGGUUCUUGCCAUGAAGAACUAUAUUCCAGCCGACCAUAUGGAGCACUGGAUUCUGGCUUCAAUAGUGUGGACAGCGGAGACAAAAGGUGGUCAGGAAAUGAACCUACAGAUGAAUUUUCUGAUCUUCCUCUGCGAGUGGCAGAAAUCACAAAAGAACAAAGACUGAGGAGAGAGAGUCAGUACCAGGAACACCGAGGGAGCAUGGUUGUCACCAACGGUGGAGUGGAACAUGAUCUGGAUCAGAUCGACUUUAUUGACAGUUGUGUCACCGAAGAGGAGGAGGAAGAGGUGAGGCAAUCCAAGUGCAUGGAGUCAGACAGCCUCAGCUCACAGUUCAUGGCAUAUAUUGAACAACGGCGAAUAUCUCACGAGGGUUCACCAGUAAAACCAACACCCAUCCGGGAAUUCCACAGGUCAGAAGAUGCCAGAAGAUACUUGCAUCAUAAUAGAGAUGGAGAUGAAUUAAGACGACCCGAAAGUCUGAGUUUGACACAUGACAGAGACCGACAGCAACUUCUGAGGAACUGCUUAGACCGAGCAGAAAGAGGUUCUGGCGACUCAUCUUGCCUUCUUUUGCUGUCCGGCACCCAUAAUCAGGUCUCUCACUCGGAUGCAGAUCUACACAAAAGGCGUGAGCAUUUAGUGGAGCGUACCCGGAGGGAAGCCCAGCUUGCUGCGCUACAAUACGAGGAGGAGAAGAUGAGGACAAAACAGAUCCAAAGGGAGGCCGUCCUCGACUUCGUCAAGCAAAAGGCAUCCCAGAGCCCUCAGAAGCAAAGCCCUCUGGAUAGCGAGUGUCCCUUCCCGUCCAGAAGGUCUCAGCACACUGAUGAUAGUGCCUUGCUGGUGAAUGGUUUUGAGCCUAUCUUAGUGUUUGAGAUUGACAGUAAUACCAACACCAUUAAAAGGAGGCCGGGGACACUCAACCAGAGUGAUGACAGAUCCACAAUCUCACCAAAUUCACCCACAGCUCAAACAGUUCACCUGUCUGCUCCAUAUCCUGGUCCAGCUGUUGCUGCUGCUCCUCCUUCUUACAGAAAUCCUCCCCAGCGCCCUGAGAGCUUCCUUUUUCGGAAUGUUGCCAGGGAUGAAGUGAGCAAAGCCGCUGCAUCACUGUCUCCUUCUGCAUCGACACCUGCUAAUAGCACUGAAGACCAUAGUGAAAACCACAGUUCCAAGCUGCAGGAGGAAGAGGUUGAGCUGAUAGAGCAACUGCGGAAAAAAAUUGAAUCACGGUUGAAAGUGUCUUUGCCCAGCGAUCUUGGAGCAGCGCUGACUGAUGGCGUGGUGCUCUGCCAUUUAGCCAAUCAUGUGCGGCCUCGUUCUGUUCCUAGUAUUCACGUCCCAUCGCCAGCUGUUCCUAAGUUAACCAUGGCCAAGUGUAGACGGAAUGUGGAAAAUUUCCUGGAAGCUUGCCGAAAGAUUGGCGUGCCUCAGGACAAACUCUGUUCCCCUUCUGACAUUCUCCAGCUAAACCUCAGCAUUAAAAGGACAGUAGAAUCUCUUCUUUCUCUGGGGGCAGAUUCAGAAGAACCGAAUCUUGUCUCCCUUUCCACCCAGCUGUGUGGCUUUGCGGCAUUUUACUGUGCUCUGAUGCUAAUGCUCUGUGUGUUCUAUCGCUGGGUCUUUUUCCUCUAGCUAAAGCUCAAGGGUGCCAUGGACUUAACUCCAGCUCUUCCAAGCGGUUGGUAAACGGUCUGUGUUUCAGUCGAGAAUUUUGUAUGUGUACGUUGUUCCUGAUCCACCAGCAAUCUGCUCUGUGUGAUGUGAAAAACUCUCUUGCUGAUAAUGACCUAGUCAGGCAGAAUUUGCUGUUAGAUAAGUGAAAGCUCCCUUACAUUGUGUGGCUGGAAUACUUUAUGCAAAACAGAAGGGGGGGUUACACUUUGUAGAAAUCUAUUUUAAUUGCACAACGGUGGAUAUUUUUGUAGAACAGGAAGUUCACCCACUUCCUUUGGGAGGGAGGGAGGGUUGGUAGAGACAGUGAUGGACAUUUGAUUCUUGGAACUCACAGAACACUUGAAAAACCGGGAUACAGUGUUGAAGGGAGACACUCCCUCACCCUAAGAUUUUUCAAUCUAGACCUCCUUUGGUUUCUUAAGGAUUAAACAAACAAUGAAAUGCAUCUUCACCUUUUUCUCCAAGUGCUAGGAACAUCACCAUCGUUUUUAAAACAAAAAGUGGCGAUUGUUCAGGAUUCCUCAGAAACCUCCAGCCUAAGCAUCAGAGGCCUUAUUUUCAAGCAGUGCUGAUGAGGAAUAUUCCUUCCUGUCUCUGAGGCACUGCUAGAUUUGCAGAGCAGGCUGUAUUGCACAGCAGAAUGUGGAGAUUGCAGGUUUUUACAGCCAAUGCAGGUUUUAUUACAGUGGCAUUAUCCACCCAAAUAGCAGUUUGCACUGGUGGUCUACGAUGCAGGAGGGGCUCAUGAAAAAUGGCUUCUCAUCUUCUUAGACCAGAAAAUCCACAGCAUGCCAUUUUUUUCUAGUGAUCUCUACUCUAUUUAGAAUAUUUACACAAGUUCCUCUUUGCUGUUACAUUGCUCAGUCUGAGCAGACCGCUAGUGUGAGCAAAUAUCUGUACCAGCAAGUCUGCUACCUUAAUCCUGUCUGCACCAGCUGUUAGUGUUGUCUUCAGCUACUGGUGAUGUGUAGCACUGGGAAAAUGCAACCCUUUGCCUUGCGUUUCCUCACCUCCUUCUGGGCUCACGUUCAUAUUUGCACACAUGUGUGCCAAUGUCACAAAUGUAUUGACUUGUUUAUUUCACGGUUAGGAUUUCUCAGUUGAUCUCUGCUGUCACAAAGAAUUUACGAGUGAGAGGCAUUCGACUUUCUAGCAAAUGCACAUGAGCAAGUUGUUGAAACCCUCAGCUUUAAUACCAGUCCUGUAGCUUUCCAAUAAAUAGUGACAGCACUUUUAAGGAGCAGCGCCUUAUCUGAAAUACCGUUCACACUGUUAUUGAUUCAUUAGGUGCUUUCAUGUUUAUAGACAGAACAAUGUGUAACAGUGUUCAGCAAGCUGGACAGUUCCCAUUUGGGGCUGAUGGCAUUUGUCCUUCUUGUGGUUUGGUGAAGCUGGGGUCCAAAUAUUUCUGCUGGUGCUCAGCCUUGAAAGGGUCUAGUGGGGUAAUAAAACCAGGGAUGGAGAAAGUAAGUUAACCCACUGAAACUCUAGCCCCUGGAAGCCCUGCUCAGUCUGGCUUCUAAGAUUUCGCCAGACAGUUGCCUGCUCCCACCCCCCAGUUUAACAGCUCCCUCUCCCCAUGGAUGGAGCACCGAGGCUUCAUUCCACCACCUUCAGCCAGCCUUACAGAAUGGCUUCUUGACUCGUCUUGUUUUGUGUAGCUCAGGUACCAGCCGGGUUGAUGCUUCAGCCUUUCUUGCCUAUCCAUGCACUCUGCUCCUGCUUUCUCAGGGAGACCUUUGCUCUUAACGUGGAUCUCAAAGCACAAGCGUUUGCCCUUCUGCCUUGGGGAGGUGUCCCAUUGGAAUUGCCUCAGCCUGGCAGUCAUCAGUUCACAUGUUUUAGGAUUUGUCCUGCUCUGGUUGGCUAGGAGCCAAAAGCUCCACAAAGCAAGAACAAAUUCAGUUACGUUUUUAAGAAUGUGCACAUUUAAGUACUGCUGUAACCAAAUACAAAGUAGGGGGGCAUCUUAGGCCUAGAAUGAGUGUCAGAGCAGCAAGUUGCUCCCCAUAUGUGAAAAUAAGAAUAUGAAAGUUGAACACAUGCAGUUAGGCUCAUGAACAGACACAUCAUUCUCUAACCUUGUUGCAUGCGUUGGAAUAGCUUUUGAAUUGGCCUCUUCUGUCAAUUAAUGAGUGCUUUAUGACUGUUGAUUCCUAAAUGGGAAGGCUCCUAGCAAGCAGAACUCCUGCCUUUGUGAAUUCUUGAAGACAGUGUUACCGAAAGACCUUUCUCCACUUUGAAUGAAUGAGUAUUAUUUUUGCACUCAUCCUCCUUGUCUCAAAAUGUUUGGUCCAAUACUGCAGGUGUAGCUAUGAUUAUAUCUGGCCUCUGCUCACUUUAGGCUAACCUGAGUUAGGUCUGGGUUUUGUUUGUUUUUUUACCUUUUUCUGAUCCCCUUUAGUCCAUGUUUAUAGUGGCAUUUUGCUGAAUUCAGGUAGCGUUGGGGCUGAGUGCCUGGUUUGCCUGCUCUGCUUGCCAGAAAUCCCAAGCUUUCUGCAUGUCAUUGUGUAUGUGGAGGAGGCUAUCAUAGUCACACCAGGUGUGCUGAUAGACCACUAAAAGUGCAGGUGCCAAAGCAGGAAUGUGUGGGGGAUUCAGUGUCGUUCUGUUACAGAUGUUCCACCUGUGCAAGCCUAUCAGCUUGUCAGAUGGAACUAUGCCUCCUCCCUCCUCCACAAUGUUCUGGGGUUCUCCUGACCCCCCCUUAAGCCAAUUUUAGGGGAUGGGUGGGGGGAGUGAGGAGGAGAAGGAACCCCAUGACUCAGGCUUCGGCUGACAGGGUUCAUUAGGUGACUUCUGUCUUCUGCGAUGAAAAGAAUUAAAAUUCUGCACCCAGAAUUCUGCAACCUGUAUAAAAUUGUGUGGAUUGGAGAGGCUUGCAUAAUUUAUUCUGGUUUUGCCAGCCACGGGGAAAGGCAGUGAUUUGUACAUGGCACUGAUGUCUCGCUGACUGAAAUCUUACUCAGCAACCUUCAGAGAUUUCCAGCAGUCAUUUCCCAAAAUGUACAUCAAGCGUAUCUUCACAGCCAUAAGGGCUAGCAACCUUUUUUAAAAAAAUAAAAAGACACGUUUCUCAAGCAGAUGUAUUCUUUGCUCCUGUAAGAGUUGCAACACGUGCAGUGAGUGCAUGCGUCCAGUUUUUGCAAACCACCUGAUUGCUGAGAUAAUCCCUGCUAUUCCAAUGGGGUUGUCAGGAUUUUCACGGGUGGGCCAGUCCACGCAGAACAGUUUUGCAUUGAAGCCAGCAUGCAGCCUUUGCCAACCUGGUGCCCUCCAGAUGUUUUGGAUUACAACUCGCAUCAGUCCCAGCCGGCAUAGCUGAAGGGCAGCAGCUUGGUGAAGGCUGCAGUAGAGCACUGUGUCUUCUUUUUUAAGAGGGAUGGUGGUGCUCCCAUACCUUUUAAAAUGGUGCCCUUGACCGUCGAUCAGCCAGGAUGCUGGUGUUUCAGCUUUAGCCGGCUGAAUCACAGCAUUUUCCCACAAUGAGCUCUUAUGCUUUGUGCAAUAAUCACAGAGCUACAGGCUCUAAAUGUCACGAGCGCUUGGGGUCCCUCCCCGCAAAUUCUGCUCUCAGUCGCCUCCUAUGUGGCACAGCCAUCAAGCCUCUUCCACUGCCGCCUUUAAGAGUUUCCUGGGUGCCCACUUCCCUCCACAAUGCCUUCCUUUUGCCCCUUCCUAGACUGGGCGGCAUCUGCUUAGCAACUGUCACCUCGGCCCUGAGGCUAACGCCUCACCUGUCAGGCUGGGGAAUGUGAUACUCAAGAGUGGCUUGAGUUUUACACCUGACAGUUACCGUAUUUUUCGCUCUAUAGGAUGCACUUUUUCCCCUCCAAAAAUGAAGGGGAAAUGUGUGUGCGUCCUAUGGGGCGAAUGCAGGCUUUCGCUGAAGCCUGGAGAACGAGAGGGGUCGGUGCGCACCGACCCCUCUCGCUUUCCAGGCUUCAGGAAGCUAUCCGCAAGCCUUGGGAGCCCAGCGGGAGUUCGCACGGGCUCCCAAGGCUUGCGGAUAGCAGCCUGUUCUGGGGUCGGGGGAAGCUCGGGCUUCCCCCGCCCCAGCCCCGCACCUGGGGGGGAAAUAAUUUUUUUUCUUUAUUCCCCCCCCCCCAAAAAAAACCUAGGUGCGCCCUAUGGGCCGGUGCGCCCUAUAGGGCAAAAAAUACGGUAUAAAGCAGAUUGUGUCCUUCAAAAGCUGAUACCUCAGUAAAUGUUAGUCUCUAAGGUGCUCAUGCACUUUCUGCUGCUACAGACUAAUGCCCCUACUCUUCUGGGGUGUGUGUGUUUGUGUGUGUGUAUUUGACCGCAGACCUGCAGUGUGUUCUCAGAGGAGUCCCACAGCUUGCCUCUUGACCGCUCAGAAAUAGCAGUUUCACAGGCGAGCAAGGAGUAGGGGGUACAGGAGUCGACCCUGAAUUAGUCAAGGAAACAGAGCACCUCAGUUACGUGGAUAAAUGCGUGUUGGAACACUGUAGUUUGUAUAUUUUUUUAAAGCUGUUUCUACUGGGGGUAGUUUUAGGAAUAUUUUAAAAGAAAUGAGUGCCUGUGAAAAUAAAUGGGCUGCUCAGUGAAACCGACUUUCUUAGUUGUGAGUUGAUUGAAGGGAGUGGGGAGAUGUUGCCAUGCCGGAAAUGCGUAAAGAAAAGCAUUCCAAACUCUUGUAUUGACUCCUCUCCAAUCUCCCUUGCUUGUUUAGCCAUCAUCUUUAAACAGGUAUUAACUAGUGUGUGAGAAAGGGUUAUUUUUUCCAAAUUCCUGCCAUCGCUCCUCAUUCACAUGUUAUGCAAACGAAAAGUGCUUCUCUGGCUUGUACUCUUUUGUACCAGGUUUUGCAUAUAAAGUGUACGUCUAAUACCAUCCGACUUCAGAAAAAAAGACUUCCUCUUCCCCUUCAUGUUCACCUUUAUAAUUCUCCUUUUAUAUAUGUGUGUGUGUCUUGUUUGCGGGGGACAGGGGGGCUGAUUGUGGGUUGCUUUCUUUUUUAACAUGUUGAUUAAAUAAAGUUCCUGUCCUGGAGUCUG